AUGACCCCACAACUUCCAGAAGAAGAUGUAAGGCUGGUGGACGUUCAGCAAGGCAGAAGCAUAAUUGAAAUAGUUGCCCCGCACACUGUCUACUUUCAUUUGCCCCCGCUGGAUGGACAGCAGAAAUGUGUUUAUGGAGUUUCUUGCUACAGACAGAUGGAGGCUAAGGCACUGAAAGUACGUGAAGCAGAUAUCACAAGAGAGACUGUUCAGAAGAGUGUUUGUGUUCUCAGUCGAUUGCCGCUGUUUGGUCUGAUACAGGCUAAACUUCAGCUAAUAACUCAUGCUUACUUUGAAGAAAAAGAUUUCUCUCAGAUCUCCAUCCUAAAGGAGCUCUAUGAUCAUAUGAACAGAUCUUUAAGCUGUACAGCGCUAGAGGGUUCUCAGAUUUAUUUGGGUAUGUCUGCCAGAGAUUUGAUUCUGCACUUUAAACACAAGGUUCUGAUUCUAUUUAAACUGAUUCUGCUGGAAAAGAAGAUCCUAUUUUAUGUGAAUCCGGUGAAGAGAUUGGUUGAAACUCUGAUGACCGUCCUGUCAUUGUUUCCAGGUAUAAUAGAGCAUGGCCUGGCAGAUUCCUCUCACUAUCAGCCCCGGAGGAGCGUCUCAGAGGACUUCAGUUCACCAGAAAUCAUAUCUGUAGAUGAAGAAUCACUCUCUAUAUCUGCUACAGAUAUUGCUGACAUAUCAAAAGACCUUGAGGGCACAUAUGAUGCCAGUGACCAGCCCGAUCAGUCAAAGCCUUGUAACACUACUGUGGACACACACUACCUUCAGCCUCAUCCAGGAAGCUUGCUGGACUCAGAGUGUGAAUGGGAGACGCUGGAGCCUCAUGUGAUGGAUGAGACGGAAGGGAAAGUAGACAUAGCUCAUUCAAAUAAGUUUGACACAGAUUCAGGGCUGCCAAUAACAGUACAGCCACAGUCGGCCACAGGACAGGGAACGUUGACCUCGGGCCUGGUAUCUGGGCUGCAAGAGGACCAGUAUGGAUUACCACUCGCUAUCUUUACAAAGGGUUACCUGUGCAUGCCAUACAUGGCACUCCAACAGCACCACCUGCUGUCAGACAUAAGUAUUCGAGGUUUUGUUGCCGGAGCGACCAACAUCCUCUUCCGUCAGCAGCGGCACCUGAGUGAUGCCAUUGUGGAUGUGGAUGAAGCUCGUAUUCAGAUCCAUGACCCAGAGUUGCGCAAAAUGCUGUAUUUAAGCACAGCUGAUCUACGCUUUGCUGAUUAUCUGGUAAAACAUGUCACUGAAAACAAAGAGGAUGUAUUUCUGGAUGGGACGGGCUGGGAGGGUGGAGACGAGUGGAUACGGGCACAGUUUGGCCUAUAUGUCCACUCACUGUUAUCUUCUGCUCUACAACAAGAUCAUGAGCGUCUGUUGGCAGAUUAUGGAACUGCGUUCACGUCCGCUUGGAAAAUCACACACAACUACAGAGUGUGGAUCAGCAACAAGUAUCCAGCCAUGGCCAAUAUUGCACCAGGCCAUCCAUUCCAGGGUCAGUACAGUGUGGCCGAUGUGAAGAUCCGCUUGUCACACUCAAUGCAGAACAGCGAACGUGGAAAGAAGAUCGGGAACGCUGUGAUGUCGACGAGCCGAAGUGUUGUGCAGACAGGAAAGGCUGUCGGUCAGUCAGUAGGUGGAGCUUUGACCGUCGCUAAAUCAGCAAUGUCAUCCUGGUUCUCCAUGCUGGCUCAGCCGACUGCAGCAGUCAGUGCAUCUCCACAGUCUGCAGAUUGACAUCUGCUGUACUAAAUAAUGAAGACAAUAUGCAGAUAUUGCACACAUCUCUGUUGUUGAAAGUGAAUAAUGUUAUAGAGCAAGAGAAUGAAAAAACUGUAAAAUAAAAAGAGGUUUAGAACAUCUUGAUUUUAGAUUUAGUACUUGUAGUAGUUUCAUGGUAACAAAUACUGGAAUAAUGAAAGCAUUUUUUUUUU